ACCCAGGACCUGUGAAAGAGUGGCCAGUGCUCUUAACCGCUAAGCUGUCUCUCCAGCCCCUGGGCUACUCUCUUACCUCUGUCGGUCUGUCUGUGCUUUUACUAGCUGUGUUGUUUUACCCCCUUCUAGCUUUACAGGACACCUUCUGUUGUUGUUUUCUUUUUGUGGUAAUGGGGAUUGAACCCAGGGCUUGGUGCAUUCUAAGCAAAAGGACAUCCCUGAACUACACCCUAGCUUGAUAGUAAGUCUCACAGACAGGGAUGGUCAUGCCACAAAUGGGAUGCAGUGUGGUGGCAGUUCUGCUGUUUGUUAGACUGGUGCCAUGUGAAAACUUUUUUUUUUCAUAAUAAUAAAAAUAACUAAAACAAGAUGAAGACUAACAUAGCCAGGAAAGUCUGGACAGAGUGAUCAGAUCUUGAGAUUAAUGGACAGUCUUAAAGAAGUGGGCAGUCAAGGAUAGGAACAGUCCUGGGUGAGGGCCACUUGACAUUCAGGCCGGAUGUCUGAGAUACCCAGUGAGCUUUCUGUGUGGGUCUGGAGAUGGUGUUCUGCCUCUCCCUAACCCCGAGCCAAGCCCUGCCUUGCUCUGCUCACUCUUUGACUUUCUUCCCCACGUCUGUCUCCUCCUCUAGUGUCCACAGCUGCCACAGUCAUGGGCCAGGCUCCCUCCACAUCUGAUACAAAGGCCCACGGCCAUCUGGCCUCCAGCUUUAACACGAAUUUCAAAACUUUCAAGCUGGAAAGUAAGGUCAUUUCGGAGGAAACCAUCAGUCUGAUUCAGGCUCACUUACAGAAGGGGGACUUCCAGAAGACUGUUUCCAUCAUCAACACUGCCUUGAAAGACCUGGAGAAUGCCCCUCUGAACAUCGCGGUGACAGGAGAGUCCGGGGCAGGAAAGUCCACAUUCAUCAAUGCCCUGCGGGGGAUAGGGCAUGAAGAAGACGGAGCAGCUGCCACUGGGGUGGUGGAGACAACUGCAGAGAGAACAAGCUAUAUACACCCCAAGUUUCCUAAGGUAACAAUUUGGGAUCUGCCUGGUAUUGGGACCACUACGUUCAAAGCAGAAACGUAUCUGCAUGAAAUGAAGUUUCAUGAGUACGACUUCUUCAUCAUCAUCUCAUCUACACGCUUCAGAGAGAAUGACGCCCAGCUGGCCAAAGCGAUUGAAAAAAUGAAGAAGAAUUUCUACUUUGUUCGAACAAAAGUGGACAGUGAUUUACGUGAUCAGGCAAAGUGUAGACCCAAGGCCUAUGACGAGGACGAAGUCCUGCAGCAAAUCCGAAAUGACUGUCUGAAAAACCUAGAGAAGGCUGACGUGGGCACUGGGCGGGUCUUCCUGAUUUCUAGUGUUGAAGUAGCUCAAUUUGAUUUUCCUGAGCUGGAGUCCACCCUUCUAAAGGAGCUGCCCGCACACAAGCGUUACAUCUUCAUGCAGUGCCUGCGUAACGUUACCGAAGCCACCAUUGAAUGGAGGAGAGAUUCUCUGAAGCAGACCAUCUGGCUGGAGGCCCUGAAGCGUGGUGCAGCGGCCGCCAUCCCUAUGAUGCGCCUGUUCAACAGCAAAGUAGAGGAGCUGGAGAAGACCUUGACCUUCUGCAGGGUUUUCUUUGGGCUGGAUGACGAAUCACUGGAAAACAUGGCCCAGGAUCUGUCCCUGUCUGUGGAGGAACUCAAAACCUCCAUCAAGUCUCCCCAUUUGCUGUCAGCUGAGCCAGAUGAGUCCACUGGGGAUAAACUAAUGAAAUACUUAGAGAAAAUCUUUGCCACCACUGGAGGACUCAUUGCCACUGGCCUUUACUUUGGAAAGAGCUACUAUUUGCAAAAUUAUUUUCUUGACACUGUGGUCAAUGAUGCUAAAAUUCUCCUUCGGAGAAGAGAUCUUUUUGAGAACGAUGUUGACUCUCAACAGGGCUGUAAAAUGGAGAGAAUUAGGCAGCCAGCCUGUGACUGGAGCUGAGCCAAGCUUCUCAUGGCUUCGGGAACUGGAAAGAGAGCUUAGGGACCUCCCGAAGCAGCCUGGCCAGGCUGAGACACUCUCAGACCCUGUGGGCCUUUUGGGGAAAGUAUGGAAUUCAUGGUAAAGGGACAGUCUUUAUCUCUGUGGCGGUUAAUUCAUAUUCAGGACUGGGCUUAUUGAAGACAUGCUAGUAUGAAGUUCCUGGGCACUAAGUCUUCAGAAAUGAUUUUUCAAAAAAUACACAUAUUCUGUAGUGUGCUGUUAGCUUUGCUGAUGUCUUGAGGGUGCCUGUGUCCUGAUCACUACCACUUAAUGUUGACCGACACCCUUCUUGUUUCUUUGAAGGUUGUCCCAUCUUGCUAGAUUAAUAAGAGACUGUCACAGAAAACAAAAGAAUGCUUACCCAGGUGAAACUUACCUGGGGUGGUUUCUCAGAAGCACAGGUACACAAGAUAGGCACAUAGUCCACGCGGCUACAUUAGAGGCCUAGACAGUCCCCAGGUGUUAACAGAACAUUCUGUACAUGAACUUGAGAAGUUAAAAGAGGACAGGGAUACAAGUGGAAGAGAGGUAGCAAGAAGUUCUUUUAUAUGAAAAGACACCCAGGCUCUCACCUAACAGGAGAAAUGCGAGUUAGAAACAGACUUUGAAACAGACUUUAUACCAACUUACCGCUUCUCAGUUGUUAGACUUGGAAAAAUUACAAUGUUUAAUUUAUGGCUGAAAUUGUAGAAAAAUAGUUUCUGUUGUAGGAUGUUGGUAUCAACCCCAAAUGAUACAGUCUAUAGUGUGGGCAGUUGGAUAACUUUGCAGAAAAUUACAUAGUUACUCUUUGACAAGAUGGUUCAGCUUUGAACAGUUUGUCAUAAAUGUUGCAAAAAAGUUAAAAAAAAAAAAAGUACAUGUUUAGGGUUACUAACUGCUGCACCUUAAAAUGGGCUGGAGAAGCUGGGUGUGGUGGCACAUGCCUUUCUUUAAUCCCAGCACUUGGGAGGCAGAG